CUCACCACCAAUAAUAACCAGGCAUAGGGCUCGAGAAGAUCCGCUUCGCGCGGUUACCUGCAAGGCUGCAACAGUAUAGAUUACCUUCCAGGGCUACCAAGCCUCCAUUUCCCGUGAGCUCCGUCAUGGCCACGCCUUCUUCCGUAACUCCCGAUGGCGGAUUUGCCUUAGCGCCCGAGGAAGCAAAGCGAGAGGAUGCUCCAAAACCUCCGAAAGAGUUCGAUGAUCUCAUCUCUACCCUGCCUCUAAACCAAGACUGGAUACCCAUCCGCCUCCGGAAAUACCAAGACUUCUGGAUCCCCGAGCACUCUCUUCCAGACGUCAUGGCCAUGCAACAAAACUUCCAGGCUCGCCCCGACGACCUCUUCGUGCUGAGCUACCCCAAGUCCGGCACCACCUGGCUCAAAGCGCUAGCCUUUGCCAUCAUGAACCGAACCCGCUACUCCAUGGCCGAUCACCCUCUCCUCCGCUCCAACCCCCACGAGUGCGUGCUCUUCAUCCAGAGACUCUUCUCCGACGGCAGGCCGUCCAAAUUAGAGGCCAUGCCUUCCCCUAGGUUGCUCGGCAGCCACUUACCAUACCCUCUGCUCCCGAAUUCCAUGAAAGGAUCCGGCAGCCGAUUCUUGUACGUUUGCCGGGAUCCCAAGGACGUGUUCAUCUCCCGGUGGCACUUCAACGACAAGAUGAGCCCCGACUCCGUGGAGCCUAUUCCAUUCGGCAAAGCUUUCGACUUGUAUUGCGACGGCGUCAGCCCCUACGGAUCGAUAUGGGAGCACGCACUUGGUUACUGGGAGGAGAGCUUGAGGAGGCCUGAGAAGGUGCUGUUCCUCAAGUACGAGGAGAUGCUGGAGGAGCCGGCGGGGAGUGCGAAGAAGCUGGCGGAGUUCAUGGGGUGCCCUUUCUCGCCGGAGGAAGAGAAGGAAGGGGUGGUCGAGGGGAUUAUAAGGCUUUGUAGUUUUGAUAGUCUGAGCAAACUGGCCGGGAGCAUGACGCACAAGCUCAACACGAAGCUGCCGCUGCAGACUACUUCAUUCUUUAGGAAAGGAGAGGCAGGGGAUUGGAGGAACCACAUGAGCGAGGAGAUGGCUCGGAGGAUGGACGCGGUAACCUCGCAGAAGCUAGAUGGAUCUGGUCUGACCUUCGGGAUGAGCGCGGGCGUGGAAGCUAAUGGAAUGUGAUUUGCAUUUUGAUGUGCUUUACCUCUUCCAAUCUUGGUUGGAAUUGUUCCCCCAGUAAUCACUUCAUCUUGGGGUGCUUGGGUUAAUAAAUUUCUGGCUUAAUCUCUAUGUAUUGCUGCCUUUUGCAAUACUUAAAUUUAAUAUUAUGAUCUGCUAUCAA